AUGUCCACGUGUUGCUCUAGAAGGGAAGGCCUUAAAUUGGCUCUCAAUAGGAGUCUCAGCGAACCGGGUCCUCCAGAUUUAAACAUCAAUUCCGUACAGUUGGCUUUGAGUCCGACGAUACCCAAACGUUGCAAAUUGGAUUCCAUGAGCUUGCCCGCAAGUCCGUGUUCGGAAAGUGCAACGCUACAGCGUGCUAUAAUAAUGAAACGAGUCAAACCCUUGGAUCCGGAUAGUUUGGUCAAAAAGUUGAAGAAAAACGAGAAUUCGAUAAAUAAAAACGUGAGAAAUUUUCUCGUCGUCGAUUGUCGACCUUUCAUCGCCUACAACGUAAAUCACAUUCGAGGGUCGAUAAAUAUAAAUUGUUCGGAUCGGUUUAACAGACGACGUCUUCAAUUGGGAAAAGCGUCGCUUGCCGAUUUGGCGACAACGCGAGAGGGAAAAGACCUUUUGAAAAAACGUGCCUUCAAAGAGGUCGUCGUGUACGAUGAUUGCACUUCGGACGUCGAUAGACUACCUCCGUCUCAUCCCUUGUUUCUCGUUUUAACCAUACUGGUGGAGGAUAAUAGAGAACCUGCACUCUUGCUCGGUGGUCACAAAGAAUUUCACAAAAGGCAUAAGGAAUUUUGCGAAGACACGCUGUUGCCGCCACCGAGCGAAAAAUCCACUUUAUCAUCACCUUCCUCGCCGACGAAAGCAUCAUCUCCGGCAUUGGAAAAUCCUUCUUCACCACCCUCGGCCUCGUCGUCGGACAUCGAUAAUCAACCCGCGUCGAGGGUUUUGCCUUUUUUGUAUUUGGGAAAUCAGAAAAAUGCAGCGGAUUUGCAAUUGUUGCAAACGUUGGGAGUAACCCGCGUUUUAAACGUUACCUCGGAUCUUCCCGGUUAUCACGAGGCCGAGGGGAUAUCCUACAGGAAAUUGCCGGCUUCGGAUUCGGGUCAACAAAAUUUGAAACAAUAUUUCGAAGAAGCUUUCGAUUUCAUCGAGGAAGCGAGGAAACACGGAGCGAACGUUCUAGUCCAUUGCCAAGCGGGUAUUUCUCGUUCGGCCACCAUAACCAUUGCAUACGUAAUGAAACACAGGCUUUUAUCAAUGGUCGAAGCGUACAAAGUUGUCAAAUCGGCUCGUCCGAUAAUCAGUCCCAAUUUGAAUUUCAUGGGACAACUUUUGGAACUCGAACAAGGACUCAGGCUUAAUUCGAGUAAUGGAGAUGAUGGCGAGUGUAAACCGUGUCAUCAGUGCAGGUGGACGCCGCAACCGAACGAAGAAGUAACGACCGGGUGUAGCGUGUAA